UUCUUCAAACAAACACGCGACCCAAGUACGUGAGGUGACCACCACAGUACUGCACGGGACUCCACACCUUUACCUUACUUAACACACGGUGGGCGGCACAAGACCGGCGAUUUGGACCAGAUUUGGUCUUCAGUACGCUCGUAUGGAACCGAUUGCUCAAGCAAAGUAAAUGUGAAGCCAAGUCGACAUGGGUGGUGCUCUGGGAAAGCCGCUCUCUCUUGUAAAGACCCUGUUGUGGAAAGUCCUGUUCUCUUGGUGGGUGAAGCCGAUAGAGACGCCUAAUGACGUCACAGGUCUGACCCCCACCCAGGUCAGACUUCUCCAGCAGACUUGGAAGGUCAUCCUCCUCCACAAGAAACAAAAUGGCUUCCUCAUAUUUAAGAUAUUGUUCACGGACUACCCUAUGACAAAGAAGUUGUUCAAAGGCAUAGACAAGGUUGACCCUGAGCAGUACGAGAAGACGACAUCCAUGCGAGCACACGUCACACGCUUCAUCAACAGCUUCGACUCCUUCAUGGAGUGUCUGGAGGACCCGGAAGCCCUGAAGUCACUUCUGUACGACACCGGCAAGGCACACCUCAGACACAACACCAAACCCGAGCAUUUUGACGAUCUAGAAGUCGUUAUGAUGAAAUCCCUAAAGGCGGUUCUGGGCCUGAAGUUCACAGAGUCCGUAGAGGAGGCCUGGAGAACAGCGUUCGCCUUCUUCGUAGUCCACCUCAAGAUGGGGGUGGAGGACGGCUUACGGGGGCGGGAGAAAAAGAACACAAGUGUAGUCGUGACGGUGGAAUGACGUGCAGUGAGGAUUUGUGAACCCUUUGCUGAAGUGGCUGAAAAAGCGGACCAGGAUUGUACAGGCUUGUUCUGUAAAACUUUAACCUUGCCAGACAUCAAGUGCCGUCUUGGGUAGUGCUGAAGAUAAAACGUCGGAGACGUGGGGCAUAGCCUAGAUAGCGGACCAAUAACCCUUGUCCUUGUACAAAGCUUUACCGCCUGUAUAAAAUUAGCAUAAAAUAACGCAUGCGCACUGUCCUUUCCCUUGUCACGUCCCCCUUUCUGCAAGUCACUCUGGUUAUGGCUCAUGUGACUGUCUGUCACUAGGUGCAAAUGGAAUGCCUCUCGUCUUGCCGAACAAUCCUAACUUUUCUAACAGUGCGUGUCUGGUAUGUAGAUUAGUCGUCAUCUCAUGUUACAAGUGACGACAAAGAUGGGAGGGGCUUUUUGAGAACCCUGUUUAUCUAUUUGUUCAGAAACUGUGGAGGAAAGAGCAAUAUGUAAUGCUGUAUCCUUGAUAACGUUAUACGGAAAGCGCAGAUAGGGGCUGGCAAAUCAGAUUCUAUCCAAGCACCUUUUGUUGCGUUUAUAAAUAUGAUAAACUCCAUCUGAUGAUUGUUAUGUCAUAUUGGUAAAUGUCAUAAAUGUUGUUUGAAAUAAAAGAGAAGAUUUAUUAGCACCUUAUAGGCUGAGACCUUGUUGUAAGCCUUGUUGUAAUGUAUAUAUGAGCACAUAUGAGGUGACAUUUUGAUGAUGUAAAUUUAGAAUUGAAUCAUGUCAUUGUGAAUAAAAGUUGAAUUAUAAUCAA